AUGAUUUUUCCAUAGUGGAUGAGCAGAUGAUCUUGUGGAGCUGAUUUAACGAAAACCCCAACUGUACACGCAUACUCGAACACUUAACUUUAAAUCCCGAAUGUAAUAACUCCGACGACACUCAGUCGGCUUAAUUUCAGCCAUGGCCACGUUCCCCUCCCUCUCGCCUCCUCCACUUGUCCCCAAACCUUCCAUUUCCCCACCCACCCUUUCCACUCUCUCCCAUUUCCCAUCUCUCCCAUCCCAUUUCCCGGCCACCCCACUUCGCCGGCGACUUUCUCCGGCGACAGCUGUGAGAGAAUGGCAAGAGUACGAAGCUGCUGUCAAGGACAAAGAUUUAGCCCGUGCUUUAAGGUUCUUGAGAGACGUGCAAGUUGUAGAGGUAGAAGAUGAUAAAUUGACUGAGUCGACUCGGUUUAAGAGCGGGUUGGGAGUGUAUGGAUGGGAGAGAGAUUGGGAAGUGCUGGAUACGUGUUUGAAUGCGGAUGAUAUGAGAUUAGUGGGAGCUGCUUAUGCUUUUCUCAAAGAUAAAGGCUUUUUGCCCACUUUUGGCAAAUACAGAAAUAUUGUUCUCGAGGGACCGAGAGAUGUUACACCCAGUGUCAUAGCCUCUGAAACUGGUUUACAAGUUUCAAAACUUUCACCAAAAAAGUGGGGUCUUUCUGGAAGUUCUAGUGUUGUUUUGGCUGGUUUCUUUGCUGGAGUAUCAUUUCUACUUACUCAAGGUAUCGAUAUCAGACCAAACCUUGCGGUUGUUCUUGGGUUGGCGAUGGCAGAUUCUAUAUUACUUGGCGGUUCCUGUUUAGCUCAAAUUUCAAGUUAUUGGCCACCUUACAGACGGAGGAUUCUUGUGCAUGAAGCUGGACAUUUGCUAAUAGCAUAUUUGAUGGGUUGUCCGGUUCGUGGGGUAAUCUUAGACCCAAUUGUUGCCAUGCAAAUGGGCAUUCAGGGACAGGCGGGGACACAAUUUUGGGAUGAAAAUAUGCAAAACGAGCUCGCUCAGGGCCGACUGAGCGGUACCGCCUUCGAUAGGUAUUGCAUGGUGCUGUUUGCUGGAAUUGCAGCUGAAGCCCUUGUGUAUGGCGAGGCUGACGGUGGUGAGAAUGAUGAAAAUUUGUUUAGGAGCAUUUCACUACUUCUGGAUCCUCCACUAUCUGUUUCCCAGAUGUCAAAUCAAGCAAGAUGGUCAGUUCUACAGUCUUAUAAUUUACUCAAAUGGCAUAAGCACGCCCAUCGAGCAGCUGUUAAAGUUCUUGAAGAUGGAGGUAGUCUAAGCAUGGUCAUCAGAAAAGUCGAGGAGGCCAUGUCUUCUGGUAGAUGAGAUGAGAUAGAGAAUAUGGUAUGUUAAAAACAAGUUAUGGAGCGUGUGACAAUUGAAAAGUGGUAGGCAACUGUUACAACUUCUAGCCCGGCCAACCCAUGAAAGAACUAGAUCGUUUUGAGCUUCAUUGUGGCUAAGAGGAAUCUACGCUGUCAAGUUCCAUGAGAGUAAAAGAUACAUGUGGGCUAGGCAGACUGGUGGGAUCGGAUGAAAGAGCUAGACAGUUUCUUCAACUCUAUUACGACUAAGAAACCAGUAUGCUGUUCUGCUCUGUGAGUGUUAUAUGGGUUGUGGGCACUGGUUUGGCCGGUUAUCAGUCGUUUUGCAGGCUGUCAAGCUUUUAUGGGUGGUAGCCUGUAGAAUGUGGUAUGGACCUUGCCUCCUUGUAAAAUUGUUCAAAUAUGUAUCAAGCAAACCACAGGCUGUCCUUGUUUAGCAAAUAGAUUUUGUGGCUUGUUUUUAAUCAUCUUUUCUGUUUUAUCCUUGCUCCUUGUGGUAAAGCAGUGAUUUCCUCUCUUCUAUA